AUGAGCGGGGACCAUCUCCACAACGAUUCCCAGCCCCCCCAAGUCUCGGCCCUCCCAAGAGGGGGCAACGGAGACCCCGUAGAGCCCGCCGCCCGGCCUCGGGGACCCUUUCCGGGCCCGGAUUCCUCCCGGGAAAGUCGCCUUGUCGACGGUCCCAGCCUGUCAUGCGGAGCUAUACAAAAUUCUCACAAACACAAAGAUAAACACAAAGACCGAGAACAUCGCCACAAAGAACACAAGAAGGACAAGGAAAAGGACCGAGAAAAAUCCAAGCAUAGCAACAGUGAACAUAAAGAUUCUGAAAAGAAACACAAAGAGAAGGAGAAAACCAAACACAAAGAUGGCAGCUCAGAAAAGCAUAAAGACAAGCACAAAGACAGAGACAAGGAAAAAAGAAAGGAGGAAAAGAUUAGAGCGUCUGGAGAUGCAAAAAUAAAGAAGGAAAAGGAAAAUGGCUUCUCUAGUCCACCCCGGAUUAAGGAUGAACCUGAAGAUGAUGGCUAUUUUGCUCCUCCUAAAGAAGAUAUCAAGCCAUUGAGGAGACCUCGAGAUGAGGAUGAUGCUGACUAUAAGCCUAAGAAAAUUAAAACAGAAGAUACCAAGAAGGAGAAAAAGCGGAAACUAGAGGAAGAAGAGGAUGGUAAAUUGAAAAAACCCAAGAAUAAAGAUAAAAAAGUUCCUGAACCAGAUAACAAGAAAAAGAAGCCUAAGAAAGAAGAGGAGCAGAAGUGGAAAUGGUGGGAAGAAGAGCGCUAUCCUGAAGGCAUCAAGUGGAAAUUUCUAGAACAUAAAGGUCCAGUAUUUGCUCCGCCAUAUGAGCCUCUUCCAGAGGCUGUGAAGUUUUACUAUGAUGGUAAAGUCAUGAAGCUGAGCCCCAAAGCCGAAGAAGUAGCCACAUUCUUUGCAAAAAUGCUCGACCAUGAAUAUACCACUAAGGAAAUAUUUAGGAAAAAUUUCUUUAAAGACUGGAGAAAGGAAAUGACUAAUGAAGAGAAGAAUAUCAUCACCAACUUAAGCAAAUGUGAUUUCAACCAAAUGAGCCAGUAUUUCAAAGCCCAGUCAGAAGCACGAAAACAGAUGAGCAAAGAAGAAAAACUGAAAAUCAAAGAAGAGAAUGAAAAAUUACUAAAAGAGUAUGGCUUCUGUAUUAUGGAUAACCACAAAGAAAGAAUUGCCAACUUCAAGAUAGAGCCUCCUGGGCUUUUCCGAGGCCGUGGCAACCACCCCAAGAUGGGCAUGCUGAAGAGACGGAUCAUGCCAGAGGAUAUAAUCAUCAACUGUAGCAAUCCUUGGUCAAAGUUUGUUUUAUCUACCUUCCCUUUAAGCAAUCUUGCUUUUGGUGUUGGGUCUUUGCAGGGUGAGAAAGACUGGCAAAAAUAUGAAACUGCUCGGCGGCUCAAGAAGUGUGUAGACAAGAUCCGAAACCAGUAUAGAGAAGACUGGAAGUCCAAAGAGAUGAAGGUCCGGCAGAGAGCUGUAGCCCUGUACUUCAUCGACAAGCUUGCUCUGAGAGCAGGUAACGAGAAGGAGGAAGGAGAAACAGCAGACACUGUGGGUUGCUGCUCACUGCGAGUGGAGCACAUCAAUCUGCACCCUGAGUUGGAUGGUCAGGAAUAUGUGGUAGAGUUUGACUUCCUUGGGAAGGACUCAAUCCGAUACUAUAACAAGGUCCCUGUUGAAAAACGGGUUUUUAAGAACCUACAACUGUUCAUGGAGAACAAGCAGCCAGAGGAUGAUCUUUUUGACCGGCUCAAUACUGGCAUUCUGAAUAAGCAUCUUCAGGAUCUCAUGGAGGGCUUGACAGCCAAGGUGUUCCGUACAUACAAUGCCUCCAUCACGCUACAGCAGCAGCUCAAAGAACUCACAGCCCCGGAUGAGAACAUCCCAGCAAAGAUCCUCUCUUAUAACCGUGCCAACCGAGCUGUUGCAAUUCUUUGUAACCAUCAGAGGGCACCACCGAAAACAUUUGAGAAGUCCAUGAUGAACUUGCAGUCUAAGAUUGAUGCCAAGAAGGACCAGCUAGCAGAUGCCCGGAGAGAUCUAAAGAGCGCCAAGGCCGAUGCCAAGGUCAUGAAGGAUGCGAAGACCAAGAAGGUGGUGGAGUCCAAGAAAAAGGCUGUGCAGAGACUGGAGGAACAGUUGAUGAAGCUGGAAGUUCAGGCCACAGACAGAGAGGAGAAUAAACAAAUUGCCUUGGGAACCUCCAAACUCAAUUAUCUGGACCCUCGGAUCUCUGUGGCUUGCUGCUGCCCGUUUAUGAAUGUGCCUUCUGUGGACAGUUUAAUAAAAACGGAACAACUUCGGACCAUUCUCUUUCCUAGUACCAUCUCUGGCUUCCAUGAGGGCCCGCCCUCAGGUGGUUUGACUCCUGGCUUCCUGUCAGGCUGA